AUGAAAAGUAAGUCGCUUGAAUUGUUGAAAAACGAACAUAGUGUGGAAAAUAAUAAAACAUUUGACUUUGUAAGUUUGUACAAAACUGCUGCAGAAACAAAUGUAAAAUUAUUAGAAAAUGAUAAAUUGGAGCAAAAAUUGAAAAAGAAGAAAAUUAAAUCAGAUCGUGAAAAUCGGCCUCAUAAGAACAAGAAAAAAAGUAAGAGUAGACCGGAUGACAUUUCUCAAAAUAUUGAUCCAAGCGAAAAUGUGAGUAAGUCGUCGCAUAAUGAAAUUUCUAAAAUAACCUCCUCCCCAAACAAUGGUGAAAAAAAGAAAAGUGCAGUUGACAUAAAAUCAAUAAUAAAAAGUUCAGAUGACUCUAUGAAUAUACCUGAGGCUAGUUUAUCUGACAGUAAACCGAAGAAAAGAAACAAAACUGUUAGUUUUGUACUGGAUGAUAAUGAAGAAACUGCUGUAAAAAAAACUAAAACUGAUAAUUCUGCAGAUAACAAUAACACAGUUCAAAGUAUAAACAAGAAUAAGAAAAAUAAGCUUAAGAAAAUUAACAAAAAGAAUCUUGGUGAAAAGGAAAAUGAUGAUGAAGCUUAUCAUCCCAAAUUGGAUAACACGUCAAAUGAAAACAUAAAAAAGUUUUCAGAAAAGCAUAGCAUAACCUCCGAGUCAGGAAAAACACAUGCAGAUCUUGAGCUUUCAAAGUUCCUAGUUAAGAAAAAGGCCAAUAAAAAAUUUAAGAAACAUCAAAAGGAAAAGGAAACAGGAAACAGUGAAGAUGAAAAUAAAAUUACAGAGGCUCAAAAUGAAGGCCAAAAUGAACAAGUUAGCAAAAAAAAUAAGAAAAAGAAACAUUCUUUAAAAGCCACUCAAGUUACUGAUCCAACGGAAGGUGAACCUGUUACAAAGUCACGAAAAAAAGAUGUUAAACCUGAAAUAAUAGCUGAAGAUCUUGAAAAUCUCAAUAUUGGAGAUAAUACUCAUACACUGACAAAUCUUCUUGAUGAAAUGACAGUAGUAGAUAAAAAGAAAAAGAAAAAUACAGGCAAACAAAAAAAAGGGAAACAUGCAAAAGUAGCAAAUACAGCAAAUAAUGACAGCAAUUUUGAAAAUAGUGUAGAAAUUAAGGAGAGCGAAAAAUGGAGGAAGCGUAAAUGGAAUAAGGACAAGAAGGGAGUGUUAAAUAUAGACCAAGUCUUAUGUUCGGUAAUGGUUGAGAAUCUUCCUUUAAAUGUGAUACUGAGUUAUAAGAAAUUAUUGGCUGAACAUUUCUCUAAGUGUGGAGUAGUAAAGAAAAUUGGCAUAGUGGAAGUGUAUCCCACUGAAGACCCUAAACCUGUUUUUACCACAACUGUCUUUUUUGAUAGUGAAGAUGCAGUAUCAAAGGCAUUAGAAGAGGACAACACAUCAUUUGAAGGCAAUUUCAUCCGUGUCAAAAGACCACUUCCACCCACCAAGACGACUCUGGUGGUGCAUUCCUACGGCGAACUGACUGAACAGGCUCUGAGCUCGGUUUUCAGUGGCGCCGGACGUAUAAGGAAUAUCCGGCAUUUAGUUAAGGGCAAGAAAUCCAUGGCUACUGCAUUCAUAGAAUUCGAUGGACCGCGGGCGGUGGAGCGCGCAAUCAAAAUGGCGGAGGAGGCCAGAAUUGGCGGGAAAAAGGUUCACGUUUCAAAGUUUCAACUGAGAAAAGAAAAUAGAGAUAAGAAAAUAAAACACAUGAAGAAUGAGAACACAGAAAAUAGUGAUGACUCUAAUAUUGUCUGCUUCGUUGGUCUUGUGGUCGCAAAUGUCGUUUGUACCGAACUCGGUGCCUUAGAUAUUGUCUGCUUCGUUGGUCUUGUGGUCGCAAAUGUCGUUUGUACCGCACUCGGUGCCCUAGAUAUUGUCUGCUUCGUUGGUCUUGUGGUCGCAAAUGUCGUUUGUACCGCACUCGGUGCCCUAGAUAUUGUCUGCUUCGUUGGUCUUGUGGUCGCAAAUGUCGUUUGUACCGAACUCGGUGCCCUAGAUAGUGUCUGCUUCGUUGGUCUUGUGGUCGCAAAUGUCGUUUGUACCGCACUCGGUGCCAUAGAUAUUGUCUGCUUCGUUGGUCUUGUGGUCGCAAAUGUCGUUUGUACCGAACUCGGUGCCCUAGAUAUUGUCUGCUUCGUUGGUCUUGUGGUCGCAAAUGUCGUUUGUACCGCACUCGGUGCCCUAGAUAUUGUCUGCUUCGUUGGUCUUGUGGUCGCAAAUGUCGUUUGUACCGAACUCGGUGCCAUAGAUAUUGUCUGCUUCGUUGGUCUUGUGGUCGCAAAUGUCGUUUGUACCGCACUCGGUGCCCUAGAUAGUGUCUGCUUCGUUGGUUUUGUGGUCGCAAAUGUCGUUUGUACCGAACUCGGUGCCUUAGAUAUUGUCUGCUUCGUUGGUCUUGUGGUCGCAAAUGUCGUUUGUACCGCACUCGGUGCCCUAGAUAUUGUCUGCUUCGUUGGUCUUGUGGUCGCAAAUGUCGUUUGUACCGCACUCAGUACCAUAGAUAUUGUCUGCUUCGUUGGUCUUGUGGUCGCAAAUGUCGUUUGUACCGAACUCGGUGCCGUAGAUAUUGUCUGCUUCGUUGGUCUUGUUGUCGCAAAUGUCGUUUGUACCGAACUCGGUGCCUUAGAUAUUGUCUGCUUCGUUGGUCUUGUGGUCGCAAAUGUCGUUUGUACCGCACUCGGUGCCCUAGAUAUUGUCUGCUUCGUUGGUCUUGUGGUCGCAAAUGUCGUUUGUACCGCACUCGGUGCCCUAGAUAUUGUCUGCUUCGUUGGUCUUGUGGUCGCAAAUGUCGUUUGUACCGCACUCGGUGCCCUAGAUAUUGUCUGCUUCGUUGGUCUUGUGGUCGCAAAUGUCGUUUGUACCUCACUCGGUGCCUUAGAUAUUGUCUGCUUCGUUGGUCUUGUGGUCGCAAAUGCCACGACCAGCCCGCCUACCAAGCCUUUAAACCCCCCCCCCCGAUAA